UAUUCUCCAAUUCUUUCACUUUACCCCAAAGUGAGACUUUCCGAAAUCGGAUACUCGGCCCCAAAGUGACAAAAAAAAGCUCAUUUGAUCAUUGCACUAGUUUAUUGGGAUUUCUCAAGUUAAUCAACCAAAGUGAAUGCUGACACCUUGUCCUUUAAUCCCCAUUUUUCAAGUAAACGACCUUGUGCUUCAUCUAGUAGAUUGUAAGGUAUUGAUGAUCAUUGACUAAACCCCAAGUCUCAACAAAAUGUGGAAGCUAAGUGAAUCCAUUUUGGGGGACAAUGAAGAGCAACAAGAUAAUCUGUUCGGCGAACAAGAAGGGCUCUGCUCUCUUUCCCCUUUACAGAGAGUCUAUGGUUUCGCUGCCUGUCUGCUCGCCGGCUUGGUUUGUAUGUUCCUGUCUUUGGUUGUUUUCAUCAAGCCCAUCAAGUUUGCCCUGUUGUUUACUUUUGGCAACAUGUUGGCUAUUGGAAGCACAGCAUUUCUCAUUGGACCUGUGCAGCAAAUAUCAAUGAUGAUGGAUCCUGUUCGUGUCUAUGCCACAGCCGUUUAUGUGGGAUGUGUUGUUUUAGCUCUCAUUUGUGCACUGCUGAUCCACAGUAAGAUUUUGACACUACUUGCAAUCAUAUGCGAGAUAUGUGCCCUUAUCUGGUACAGUUUAAGUUAUAUUCCUUUUGCUCGUAGAAUGGUUUCAAAUGUCACUAUCCGCCUUUUUGACACUGAAAUUUAGCGGAUUUGAUGCUGAAGCAAUAUCACUCCAGUAUAUUUUCAGUGCUGGUCUGUAGUCUACUCAACUUGGAAGAGGUGCUUCCCCGCUGAUUGUUUUGAAGAAAUUGACAAUUCUUUCUGGUUUUCCUCUGCUGACAAAAGGAACUCCUAUUUUCAAUCAGGUGUGAAUGAAUUCGUUUGGACUGUUAACUUUUAUGCUGACAAAUGUUUGUUUCCUGUGGUUUCUCUUCAUUUCGGAAGGUUAUGUUUGCUUUCUUCUUGUGCUGCCCUGCUCACCUCAUAGUUGCCCUAUGCCUGAUUGACAAAUGACUUCACCCCCCUCCCUCACACAACAAAUUUAAAACAUUAACGAAACAUAUCAAACUCUUGAUAUAUCUUCUCUACUUUGUUCUUGUCUUUCAACUGUUCUGUUAUUUUUUCUCAUUGUAUACAUCUGUUCUUUCUGAUAGAGCUUUUUAUAUUUAGGAUACUAUAUCGGGAAUGACUAGAAAACCAAAACGGACAUCUGUUAUGUUUCUUACUAUUUUGUUCUUACGAUUUAGAGGACACAGAAAUGAUUAUUCAUCUCUUCCUAUACACAUUCUCAAAAGUUACUUCUAACUGUAUGCUAGUUCAUGUUUUCUUAUGAAUCCUUCCGGGUGAUAUCAAAAAGUACCCAUAAACUAACAUGAGAUGCACCUUUCCUUUCUAAUUAUUCUUUAGCCUGCAGUGCACCGGCUUCUUCCUUAAUGGCGUGUCUCAAUCUCAACCACCCGAGAACUUAGUGACCUUUGUGCCAUUGUGAUAAUCUUCCUUAAGAAGAGUAAAUGAGGAUGUAUAAAAUUUCUGUAGUAUUUAAAGCGUAUUAGAACUUUUUAUCUGUAGAAUGGGGUAAUUUUUGGACAAUAUGAAAAGAAAAAGAGAACUGUUAAGAGAUCAAGCUAAAAAGUAACAAUAUCAGAGAUGAAAGCAAGAGAGGAGAGCUUUUCUUAUUUCUUCCAGGUGUGUUCUCUAUUUGUACUAUUCCAGGUUACAAGAAGGUUGUCUUAAACUUGACAUUAACCAUUGAGAUUAUAUUUCAUAAUUGGAACAAGCAUUUUGGGAUGGAGUAUUUGUUAGUGAACAUGUGAGCCCGAAUGUUUACUUUUGUACUUUGUGAAGAAUAUAAUGGAGAAGUACUAGUAUUGGAAGGAGUAAAAGUUGGAUUUCGCAUAAUUUGAGCUAUAUAGGAUGUAUAUAGGGAAAAUGACAGUGUAUGGAUGUAUAUAGGGAAAAUGACAGUGUAUAGCUGCUCUCAAAAUAAUAGCCGAAAAAUGUAUAUUUUUGUAUA